UGAGCUCGAACUUGUAUUCGUAUCUGGUCUCAUUUGCACAUUUUGCAGACCGAGUUCAAAAGCAUGGCAGAAACACUGGAGACGCAUUCACAACCUGGAACUUCGCCACAGUCGGUCGUCAUCCCCCCUAUGACCAUGCAGCAGGAAGACAGUAUCAUUCAUACGCGCUUAACCAACGACGAGAAGGCACUGCGGAGGGUCACCAAGAAGUUUCACAGCUAUACGUCGGUGGCAUACGACCCUGUGGUCCCGCCGUCACCUUCGACCGCAGGCUCGGUAGACGAUGCAAGAGAGGCUUUCCUCGUGGAACUCGCAUCUUUUCACUUGUCGCUUAAGAAGAGCCUUAUGGUGUGCGAGGCGGAGGCGAGGCAGGUUGAGGAGUACCAGAGAGAGAAGGAGCGCAUCGAACACCAACGUGUCUUGUUGAGAGACCAGCUUGAGGAACUAAAGCAGGCUCUGGAGCAUGCACAGGUGCAGCGAAGACGAAAGAUGGAGUACGACGUGAUUGCAGAGAAGAUUCAUACCAUCCCAAGCCGAGAAGAGCUUGAGCAGACGAUCAACUCGCUCGAGAGUGAUAUGGCAGCCAUACGCGCAGAGCACGAAGAGCAAACACGCGUAUUGCGAGCACAGCAGUCCGCGUUGGACGAUGUGAUAUCCCACAUCCGGGACUUACGUCUUCUCGCCAACCCGGACAUCGAUGCUAUAGAGCAAGCUCAGCGCGGCUCACCCGCCCCAGAAACGCAGCCUAGCGAAGAUACUGAUGUGCCUUCAGAGCCGCGGACAAGAGAGGAGACAGGCGAGAUCCAGGAAACGCCUGAAUCUGACAAAGAUACGCAGGCUGGCGGAGCCUCCUCGUCGAAGUUUCUGAACCCAUCCGCACAGCCCUUCGUUCCUGGCGCGACUACAUCGCGCAUAGCGACUCCACAGACGGCUGCACCAACGCCAACACCUUCAGUAGACCCGAGGGCCGAGGAGCAAGAGGAAGGAGAGGCAGACGACGACGUAGAGAUGGGAGAACUUGCAGAGGAACCUGGAGAGAGACCGGUAACGAAGAAAAAAGUUAGAGAGGAGCUGGAAGAGGGCGAGGCCAGCGAUUCUGACCUCGAUAGCGAGCUGACGCAGCUCUCGGAUGACUGACAGUGUUUCUGUUCUUACUACUAUUCAUCUUACGCGUUUUGUAUGAUAUCUACACUCCCUCUCGCCUCAAUCUUGUGUGUCUGCCUUGUUCUGUCUUCCGAGCCGCCUCACUCCGAC